CUUUCUACCCUGCAACGUGGGGUACCCUGAGUUAUGACACAAAUAGAGUAGCCUCUCGGGGAAAUAUUUUUUUCUCGCGGCGCCUGUGGCCGGGGAUGCGCGCACCUGCUAGGACAGGUGCAGGUCCAAGAGGUCGCUUCUCCGGGAUGCGUGCCCUAAAUUCACGUGUGCUCCGCCCCUGCCUUUGUAUUUUCGCUCUUCUGUAACCAAGAAUCUCCCUUCUUGUUUUUCAUGACGUUACAACUUAGGGAAGUAGAGUCUGUUCAUCAAAACCUUAUCAAUUUACACCCUCAUUCCCCAAGCAGAUACCUCUGGCAGGCAGGUUGGUCUGGCGGGUGGGGGGCAGCACUUUCUGCACCUCCAUCGUCAAGGCUAAGUUGCCAUCUGCAUCGCCAGGUCUUGCUCAGCUCCUAGUCCCAUUCUGCCUGUCUUCCUGUCUAAAUGCAGGAGCCUGUGGUAUUCUUGUUCUGCUCCAUAGAGGCUCGUCUCUCCAUUUCUCUUGGGGUUUCCUGGAACUGAAGCGUGGUCCUCUCCUACAGUGAGAGAGAAGGCAAUUUUGAAGACUUAGGAAAGGAGCAGGAGGCUGCAUCUGCUUUCCAGAAGCAUCUUCAGCUUGAAGAAGUAAAAUGAUCCAGUGCAUCAGAAGUGUCAGCAUGCAUAAUGAAAGGGGCCAGGGGUCAAGCUUUCUGCAGGCUCUGCUGCCCUGAGGUGCCAUGCCAGAGGUGGACAGCACUGGGAGAGCUCUUUCUCCUGCUGUUCUGGGUUCCUGGAUGGAAUGCCUUCAGAAAUCUUGCUGAAGAUAUUUUCCUACUUGGAUGCUGUGAGCCUUCUGUGUACUGGAUGUGUGAGCAGGCGCUUUUAUCAUCUAGCCAAUGACAAUUUUAUUUGGAUUGGAAUCUACUCAACUGCUUUUUCACCUACAAGAUCAAAUUGGAAAGUUAAUUCAGUAGAGAAGAUAGCUAUGUCUAUGAGCUUUCUUUCAGUUCAGGAUAAAGAAGCUGGUUAUUGGAAGAAAGAAUAUAUCACAAAACAAAUAGCAUCUGUAAAAGCCGCACUAGCUGACAUUCUCAAACCUGUCAACCCUUACACAGGCCUUCCAGUUAAGACCAAAGAGGCCCUCAGAAUAUUUGGUUUAGGUUGGGCAAUUAUACUCAAAGAAAAAAAUGGAAAAGAAUAUAUCAUGGAGCAUGCUGAUCUUUCCAUAAAUGACACAUCAGUUACUGUUAUAUGGUAUGGCAAAAAAUGGCCGUGCCUAGCAUCAUUGUCAACCUUAGAUUUAUGUGGCAUGACACCAGUUUUUACAGACUGGUAUAAAACUCCCACCAAACAUAGACUCCGAUGGCAUUCUUUAAUUGCAAAGUACGAUCUGAGUCAUUUGACUGUAUCUACCAUGAUUGGCUGUGACAGACUCAUUCGGAUCUUCUGCCUGCACCCUGGCCUCCUGGUGGGAGUGUGGAAGAAGGAGGAAGAACUGGCUUUUGUUAUGGCAAAUCUUCAUUUUCAUCACCUUGUGGAGAGGAGCACAUUAGGCUCGGCCACUAUCCCCUAUGAACUGCCUCCACAUAGCCCCUUUCUGGAUGAUAGCCCCGAGUAUGGAUUGCACGGCUACCAACUCCAUGUUGAUCUGCACAGCGGUGGGGUUUUCUUCCUAUGUGGUACAUUUCGCAAUCUCUUCACCAAGAAAGGAAAUAUUGAAAAUGGACACGUGAAGCUCAUUGUUAUACAUUUAAGAAAUAACAGAGAACACCUACCUCUUAUUGGAAAAGUUGGCCUCUCGUGGAAAACUGAUAUUUUUGAUGGCUGUAUAAAGAGUUGUUCCAUGAUGGACAUAACUCUUUUGGAUGAACAUGGGAAACCCUUUUGGUGUUUCAGUUCCCCGGUGUGCAUGAGAUCGCCUGCCACACCCUCUGACAGCCCUAGCUUCUUGGGACAGACAUACAACGUGGACUACGUUGAUGCGGAAGGAAGAGUGCACGUGGAGCUGGUGUGGAUCAGAGAAACCGAAGAAUACCUUAUUGUCAACCUGGUCCUUUACCUUAGUAUUGCAAAAAUCAACCAUUGGUUUGGGACUGAGUAUUAGCAGUAGGUGGCAAAUUAUUGUUGUUAUUUAGUUGUUUAUUUUUGACUGGCUUUGUUCUUGGUGUUGAAAGUUAAAAUAAAGCAAAUCUGCAGAGUGCUGUGCGAUGCCUUUCAUCUCA